UGGUCUGCGACUGGUCUGCACCCUUUCAAUCCGGAUAGAGUGCUGAAAGACGUCCCGAGACCUCCAGCUGAAGUCUUUAUUUCAGGAGCUGCCAUUACCAGCACUAGUGCGCCUGAUGUAAUGCUUCAAACACCCAUCACGCCGGUGGCGCCGGCGACAGCGGAAGCGCUUACAUCGUUACACAACAUGAUUAAGCAAGACACCAACGUGCCUGACGAGACAAAGACUUGCAUACAGAAACUCGCAAAUGCUGCUCAGAUCUCGUUCGCUGAGCGAGCCCUCCUGAAGGACCGCAACCGUUUUCUUUCCAAAAUCAACAACGAAGCUAAGGCUUGUAGAUCGACCAGGUCCAUCGUGUUAGGAAAGGCGAAAGUGAUGAGUUUCGAGGACCUGGAAGAGGCUAAGGCGAGGCGUGCGGCAAAGGACAAGGCUGCAGCACAAAAGGGACAGCGUAGCCGUAAGCGCAAG